CAGAUUGACUUAGGGGGAACGAAAGUAUUAAAGAGGAUAAAAACUGCCGGUGAAGCCAGUCCAGCCGUCAACCAAACUGCAAGAAACGUGACAAAGUUUCUGAUUAAAGUCAGUGCUGACGGCGUUACAUAUGAGGAUUUUGAUGCGGUAAGGGGCUCUUAAGCUGACACCAAUGGCUAUAAUGUCAGUUUUAAUGUCAUGAUAUGGCUGGUUUGAGCAUGACGUCACGGCGGCUAUGGUGUGGUAAAGAAUCAUCAUCAUCAUCAUCAUCAAUCUUUAUUUAUACACUAAAUCGUAUCAUUUUACAUGGUCUUCCUGGGAAUCGUGUUUAAAACUAGACUAAAAUACUCUAAGGAACUAUUGACUAUAAUGUUAAAAAUACAAAAACUUACAUUAUGAAUAUUAAGAGUUACAAUGGGUCAUGGUGUAUUACAAAAAUCGUUCCCAUGAAUUCAAGUUUUAAAAACAUUUAAACUAGGCAGUUUUCUAAUCUCUGAGGGAAUCUUGUUCCACAGAACAGAUCCGCUGUAGUGUAGGCUCCCAAUCAUAGAACACAAUCAUUGCUUUCCUUUGGGAACUAAACUCCAUUUUUUCGUGUAAAGAAUUCUUUUGAAUUGUCCGCCAACAUGGACGCCUUGUCACGUGGUUGCAAACCAAGAACGUAUACUGUAGUUUCUCGAGUCAGCUUAUCUACCUUAUUUGAUCUUAUUUGACUUUGUGGCUGCAAGAAAAUAGGCAUCAGAACUUAGGUUGUCAGCGCUCCGUCGAAUCAAAUUAAGAGCUAUGUUUAAACGGCACCCCUCAAAUUUUCGACCUGUUGCCACAAAAUUUGUGCUCUUAGGUAAUUCGUUCACACGCUAACCAUACAAAAAAUUUAGACGCCUUGCCGCUCAAAAAUUUGAUCGUCAAAAUCGGGGUCAAAGUUUUAAUCAGAAAGGUCGAAAAUUUGACCGGAGUGGUCAGCGGUCACAAUAACCGUCUAAAGUUUUCUACAGCAAAUUAAAGGCGUGGCUGCAUGAUACUUGGUAACUCAGCUAAAAGUCGUCAUUUUGGAUUUGCUAAAGUAGCGUUCUGCGCAUGGGCAGAUGGUAAAACUAGUUAUUUGAACGACAAAUCCGUCAAUCCCGUUCCCAGAGGCCGCGAUCCUUGAGUGUGAAAAGAGCGAAAAUAGUGAACGUCUCCGUAUAAGCAUAGUGUUCUCUCAAAUUUUUCAGCCGGUGGAAACUUCUUCCACUGCCUAGGGAUUCGUAGCCUAACUAAAACAAAAAUUCCAGCUCUGGGUGUUUUGUCAAAGAAAUUAAUAAUACUUCAAUUAAUAUUUUCCAUCUUUCAAACCAAAAGAAAAAUGUUGACGCAAAUUUCUGCCUUAUUGGGAAUUAAAAAAGCAGUUUGGGGCCAGCUUUCAGAAAUUUUUUCUCGAAGGUUUGUUUCUUUGUUUUUGUUGUUCGGUUUCUUUUUUUUUUUUUCAAGAUUUCAAGCAAGCCUAAACCAGAAAUUAAAAAGAGAAUGAGAGAUUUUAUGAAGCACAAGAGUGUGUUGGUGAAGAACAACUUAAUUUUGCAUAGUAAUUUUUCAACAUCUAAGUAUCGCUGAUAGUAUCUUAACUAUUAUACUACACACAUACUGCAUGCAUCAAUUACUCAUAACAUGCAUUUGAUUCUUUUUUUUAUGACAAACAUCACAUUCAGUCAGUCAGUUAGAGCGUGUAAAAAUGGGAAGGUGAAAAGAAAACGUUAUUGGUCAUUUCAAAGUAAUAAACCAAGUACUCUAUUUUAUCAUCUAGUUUACACAGGAUGAUUUUACGCUUGAAAUCAGGACACAAUACCUUCGCAUAGUGCCACUGGAUUUUGUUGGAUUUCCUUGCAUGAGGAUCGAAAUAUAUGGGUGCAAAGGUAUUAAAUGACCCGCUUUUGUGUUUGUUCUGUUCGGCCUUCCUCCCACCAUGUCAAACUUUAUAUUGUUAACUUUAUGCACAAGAUUUGCGCCAGGGUGGUUUGUGUAAAUGGUAAGUAUCCAGGGUUUCUGAGAAUGUUAUAAACGCGGGAGGGGAGGGGGGAGGGAAUUGCAUCGCCACAAACCACGGCCCAUAUUUUCAGAAGCUUUCCAAAAAUGAUUUCCCAACCGAAGAUUCCAGUUAUCCGAUGUAAAUGGUAAGUACACCUUAUAUAUCUAAACUUAAACUUGUUGAACGUCCCUAGCGCUCGUCUGCCGAUAUAACUAAAUCGUAACGAACCCUUUAUGUUCUUAUCUUCUUUUCUUUUUAUAGCAAAGAAACAAAAAUUGUGCAGCGUCGAUAAUGGUGGAUGUUUACAACAAUGUAUUCAGCAUUCUAAGUACUGCAUUUUUGGGAAAUGUUUCUUUAGCUGUAGCAUCGAUUCCCUUUGUACAAAGUGGGUGGAAUGCAAAUGUGAUCCUGGAUACAAACUGCUCAAGGACAAAACAAACUGUGCAGGUAAUGAAGGCUUCGGAGUUCAGCACCGUAGAAUAAAAAUGAUAUAGUCUAAAAACAGUGAUAUCACAUAUACUUUAAUUUGUGAAACUUUAAUACUUUAAAUAAUAACGUCACAGGCUAAGCUAGUGAAUCACACCAAUGGACACUUUGGAUUUUUUUUUUCCUUUCUGAUAGACGUAAACGAGUGUGCCACCAAUAACGGAGGCUGCGAUCAGAUCUGUAACAAUACAAAAGGAAGUUAUGAAUGCAACUGCCGCAGUGGUUUCUUGCUCUCUAGCGAUAAACACAAAUGCAACGGUAAGUCAAAAAAUAGGGUCACAACAGCAAUAUCUGGUACACUUGUGGCACAAUCUAUCUUCUAUAUCUUCCUAUAUUGAACAAUAAGGGGCACCUAAAGACAAUUUCCUCCAAAAUACAUUAAAAACAAUUCUAGACUAUCCAGAGCACUUUUAGAUCUCUAAAACUGCAUUCUAAGCGGCGCCAUAAAAUUUGUAUCUGUUCGGUCAUCCUAGGGGAACUUGAGUCUGUUCAAAAUUACUAGGGCUUCAGUAUCAUUUUCCCGAAAAUUUUAGAGGCAAUUUUAAGUUAUUACGAAAGUGAGAAUUUUUCUGAUUUCUCUCUCCAUCAUAUUUUUGAAUCCGAAGAUUUCAGGUUUCCUUUUCUCUACUUAAAAUAGCCUAACCUGGGGAGUGAAAUGGGAAAAAUUAAACUUCAGAAAAUCGUAGGGAAUUUAUUAGAAAAGCUUCGAAAAUUGUGCAUGAAUGAAACGGCCAUCUAGAAAUUUUUAGCCGUCCUCAAGUCACAGAAAAUUCUCCGAACAGAUACAUAAAACAGUUGAAGGAUGCCCCUAAACAAUGGCUGAUGAACAAAAGCGUAUCAGCUUCGUAUGAAGUGUUAAAAACCUACAGAAGCCUACUUUUCAUCGUCUUGAGAUGGCAGGGAAAGAUUUACCCUAAAAAAUCGUGCAAGACAGUUUUUGCGUAAAGCACUGUUAUUCUAGACAACAUUCAAACAGUCUUUAGUUUGGAAUCUCAUUCAAAAUAAAUGGCUAACAAAACAAAACUGGUCAAUUUAAUGGUAAAACAUGGAAAACUUUAGGCAGAAUCGUGAUCCAUGAAAUAAUCCAGACAGUUAUUAUAAGACUUAUAACCGAGAAUGUGUGAAUAAAGGAAAAGCCAUCCUCGCCUCGUUCCCUCCGGAAUUCAAUAACAAUUGUCAAUUUGCUUAUAAGUGAACAAUAUCACCAAUCAAUCAUAAAAAACAAGUAGUUGAUAACCAUCCUGCAAAAAGCAAUGCAUUCACCACUAGGCAGUCCGCGGUCACAAGGACAUAAGCCUCGUUCCGGUACAAACACUCCACAGUUAAGAAUAUCAAGUACCAUGGGUAAAAAGGAGUGGCAUGCAAAGAUCAGUCUUCAUUUGAACCCCUAGCUGUAGUGUAAACACCAGAGAUCAGUAGUCUUUUAUUUACGUGCAUCUGUUUACAUGUCAUAUGUUUUAUAUUUUAUUAUUUGUUACGUUUUACCAUUCUUUUUUUGUACCUGCUUGCGGCAUGGCACAGAUUUGGAAGAGUGCAUUGUUAAUAAAGGCGGUUGUAACCAGUUUUGCCAUUAUACCUUUGGAAGUUAUUACAUUGCUCGUGCAAAAAUGGCUUUAAGCUUUCAGCAGACAAUCAUACCUGUAGUGGAAAGGUUAUGCUCAAAAUUGUCUUCUUUUAAUUUACUUUAAACUCACAUUCUUUAGAUAUUGACGAAUGCGCUGUGAGUAAUAGCGGAUGUAGCCAUGGCUGCCAAAAUCUGCAAGGAACCUAUCAGUGUACAUGUCCAAAGGGAUUUGAACUGGACGCAACGAAAAAGAACUGCACGGGUAAGACAAUAGCCUAACAACAAUCAAAAAACAGCACAUCGUAAAAUUCGUCACUGUACCCUUUGAGAAGGUAAUAAAACAUUUUUAAUAGCAGAAAUUCUAAACAGUCGUUUAGAGCAUGGCACUUGGCAGUCGCGAACGCUUUUACAAUUACUUUAUUACUCCCUUUUGUGUUUCAACUUGUGUAUUACGCUAUGCUCAACUUGGCUUCGAUUACAGCCGGGCAGUACGGUAGCCCACUACGGUGGCCCACAACUGUCACGUCAAAUACAAAUUACUCACAUCAAAUACAAAUUACUCACAUCAAAUACAAAAUCCUGAUAUCAAAUACAAAUUACUCACAUCAAAUACAAAUUGCUCACAUCAAAUACAAAUUACUCAUAUCAAAUCAAAUUACUCACAUCAAAUACAAAAUCCUGACAUCAAAUACAAAUUAUUCACAUCAAAUACAAAUUGCUCACAUCAAAUACAAAUUACUCACAUCAAAUACAAAUUACUCACAUCAAAUACAAAUUACUCACAUCAAAUACAAAUUACUCACAUCAAAUACAAAUUACUCAUAUCAAAUCAAAUUACUCACAUCAAAUACAAAUUACCCACAUCAAAUACAAAAUCCUGACAUCAAUACAAAUUACUCGCAUCAAAUACAAAAUUCUGACAUCAAAAACAAGAUUAAACGGUCAGCGGUGAUAUCACAUCUGACUUUAAUUUGCGAAACUUUAAUACUUUAAGUAAUAGCGUCACCGGUUAAGCUAGUGAAUCACACCAAUGGACACUUUGAAUUUUUUUCCUUUCUGAUAGACGUGAACGAGUGUGCCACCAAUAACGGAGGCUGCGAUCAGAUCUGUAACAAUACGAAAGGAAGUUAUGAGUGCAAAUGCCGCAGUGGUUUCUUACUUUCUAGCGAUAAACACAAAUGCAACGGUAAGUAAAAAAAAAAUAGGGUACAACAGCAAUACCUACAUUUGUGGCACAAUCUAUCUCCUAUGUCCUCCUAUAUUCAACAAUGUCUGAGGAGCAGAAAAGUGUCAGCCUCGUAUGUACUGGUAAAAAUCUCCGGAGUUCGGUCGUUUCGAUACAAAAUCGUUUUUGUUUCGAUACGAACUCAAGCAGUGAUAUUGCACAAAAAUUUCGAUCACUUCAGACCUCCAGAAGCCUACUCUUGACUAAUUUUCAUCGUCUUCAGAUGGAAGGGAGAGAUUUCCCCAGCUAAACAAUCGUGAGAGAAAGUCUUUGCGUAAGCAGUCUUAUUCUAGGAAACAUUCAAACAGUCGUUAAUUUGGAAUCUCAUUCAGAAUAAAUGGCAUACAAAUCAAAACUGGACAAUUCAAUGGUAAAACAUGGAAGACUAUAGACAAAAUCCUGAUCUUUGAAAUAAUCCAGGAGGUCAUAGUAAUCGAGAGUGUAAAUGAUGGAAAAGACAUCCUGGCCUUGUUCCCUCUAGAAUUCAAUAACAAUUGUCAAUUCAGUUUUAAGUGAACAAUAGCCUCAACAAUUAACAAAAAACAACUACUGUAAUUGAUAAUUAUCCUGCAAAAAGUAAUCCAUUCAUUACGAGACAGUCCGCGAUCCGAUACAAACACGUGACAGUUUAGAAUAUCAAAUACCAAGAAAAGAGAAAGAUACCAAGUAAAAAUAAGUGGCAUGCAAAGAUCAGUCUUCAUUUGAAAUCCCAGCUGUAGGGUAAACACUAGAGUUCAGUGGUCUUUUAUUUACGUGUAUCUAUUUACAUGUCAUAUAUUUUAUCUUUUCACUAUUUUGCUAAUUUUUACCAUUCUUUUUUUAUACCUGCUUGCGGCAUGGCACAGAUGUGGAUGAGUGUAGUGUUAAUAAAGGUGGCUGUAACCAGUUCUGCCAUAAUACCUUUGGGAGUUAUUAUUGCUCGUGCAAAAAUGGCUACAAGCUUUCAGCAGACAAUCAUACCUGCAAUGGUAAGGUUAUGCUCAACAUUGAAGUUAGUGGUAGAGUGAAAAUUUUUGACAGCUGUCAUAUUGUGCAUUUCUUAAUAGUUAUUUCACUUUCAAUAAAAAUAAUUGAUGGUAUUUAGCAGUUUUAACCAGCUCACUUUCCAAAUCCGUAUAAUUUUCACGACCUGGUUGUCCAUAAGGUGAAUAGUCCUUUGUGGUGCAUUCCCGCAGUGCGGUGAGAUAGACGUUGUACUGUUCUAUAUCGAUCGUAACUGCAUCGAUGAGCUAUAAGUGCUGAUCGAAACUAUGAAUACGAAGUUGCAGUUAGAGGUAGAAAGAAAAACACUCCUUUUUCUUCUUGUAGAAGGGAAAACCCUUUAGCAAGUGUGUCCUUAUCAUUACUUUCAUUUUGAGGAAAGGAGAGCGUAACGUUGUAAUUACUUUAAACUCACAUUCUUUAGAUAUCGACGAAUGCGCGGUAAGUAAUGGCGGAUGUAGCCAUGGCUGCCAAAAUCUGCAAGGAACCUAUUUGUGUACGUGCCCAAAGGGAUUUGAACUGGACGCGAGGAAAAAGAACUGCACGGGUAAGACAAUAGCAAGUCUAACAACAAUAAUAAAAAAGCACAUCCUUCAAUUCGUCACUGCACCCUUUAAGAAGGUAAUAAUACAUUUUUAAUAGCAGAAAUUCUUAACAGUUGUUUACUCUAACACUCUGUUUUGUGUUUCUACUGGUAUUACGCUAUAUGCUCAACCUUGCUUCGAUUAAUGCCCAGAACAUGUAAAACAAUUACGAUAAAAAACUAUUCAAUAAUUUUGAAAAUCAUGUAUCUUUAUUGCGCCGUAAAUCAUCAAAAUGAAAAAAAAUUAAAUGGUCACGAAUGUCGUAUAUUUGAACCCGAGGAAUGAAGAAAUAAAUACAUUAAGAAGGCCAAUAUCUGAGAACACUGCCCUUUAAAAAUCUAUUUUCCUUUGCUUACAGAUACAAAUGAAUGCUUGCUUGCGAACGGUGGCUGCCAAACUCAUUGUACCAACACUAACGGCAGCUAUUAUUGCUCCUGUUUACCUGGAUUUGAGUUAUACGAUACACUCAGGUGCAGAGGUAAGACAACAGAGGUAUAAAAAUAUCUUUUCAGAAAAUCUCUAAGAGACAAAUAGGAUUACACAAAAAGAGCCUUGUCAGAAAAACAGCCCUAUUCUUUCCCAAAAGCUUUACUUGAUAAGUCCAAAAAAUAAUCCAUUGUCUUGAUAUAUAGCUCCCAUACAGUGUAACUUGUGUCAUCUCGUCGUAACGAAAAUCUCUAAGGCUAAGGCCAAAUGUUGAACUUUUCAGCUGUGGGUUAAAGGGGCUGUGUCAUGGCGGUCUAGUUCAUUUUUAUUAUUUAACAAUUAUUGGACGAGGUUAAGCAAAAUAUCGUGAUUUGUCAGUCGCGAGCAGAUCAAAUAAUUGAUCUGCGAGACACUGACAAAUCACUAUAUUUUGCGAUUACCGAGUUCAAUAAUUGUUUAUCAUUCGAUCACCAAGUUUAUUAUUAAUGAAUAUCUUCUGGAAGCGAAGCGAUCUGCCAUUUUUCACGCAAGAGCGAUCGCAAGAAGGAGAAAAGCGUGGUUCGUUUACGCAUUAGCAGGAUAUCAUUUGCAGCCAAACACAGUUGGACGACGUGCAUGAACAGAUCAUUGUCUGUAGGCAGUUAUUUGAGGGGCACGUGGUGGGAUUUCAGCCAAUGAAAAGGACGAAAAAUUUGCAUCGAAUGAUAAUGCCAAUUAUGCGUCCUUAUUCGCUGGUGAAGAAACUAGUUGUUAAAAUAAAGAAAGACACGUUUUCAAAAGCCACAAUCCCAACCCGUUUUAAUCUACUUUAAAUUUUGUCCAUCCCUACUUUUUUUGUAUUUUCCUCGUUGUUUAUAAAUGUACCUUCUUUAAACGUUUGAGUGGAAAAUCAUGCUUGUAAGGGAGUGGAACCCUUCACCACUGCGAUACCAUUGCAGCGCUCUUCCAAUUGAGCUAACAAGCCAAUUGGGAGAAGCUCAUUUAGUUUCUUUGUUACAAACUCAAUGAAAGGAUGACGAUGAAGUAAUAAAUAUAAGUUUAUGAUUAGUUCUACUUUUUUCUCAGAUUAAUUUGGGUUCGCUAGAAUGAGUUUUGACCGACAAACAUGUUCUGUCCGUCUUCUUUAGACUUUAAAAGCACUCAGCCAUAGGAAGAUAUGAGGUUUGAUGACACCAUUUUAUUUUUAGACAUAGACGAAUGCUCUCAUAACAGCGACAACUGCAGCCGAUCAUCAACUGACUGCCAAAACUUUCAAGGAGGGUACGAGUGCAAAUGCAAGUCGGGCUACAAAUACAUUCAAGGAGAUAAAUUUAACUGUGAACGUAAGCAUGCCAUGUAUUUUUAGUGACUAAAAAGUUAAAGUGUCCUUAUAUUACGGCAGUAACUCGUGUUAUCAUCUCAGUAACAAACGUGAGGCCAACGGUGUGCUUCCCCCACUCUCUUCACAAGGAUUUGAGGUCACACCUGGAGAUCGAACAUGGAACCUUCCGCACAGAAGACCGUGCACGAACCAACUGUACCAGUCCUUGCUCCAACUUGACUUUGACCUCAUUACAUUUUAUUUUACAUUAUAUUUCAACAAACAAAUCAUUCUUUAUUUAUUUAUUUAUUUACUUAUAGUUCGGUCUUGCCCACCCCUGGUGGAAGUAGCGGGAACUUCUGUCAGCCCGAAAGAUUGUUUGGUAGUUGGUGCAAGGAAAGUUAAGGACACCUGUACCUUCAGUUGUAAGGAGGGGUACAAGCUUCCAGACCCCAAUCAACCUACCUUGACCUGCCUGGAUACUGGGGACUGGGAUAAGGCUGUUAUAAACUGUCAACGUGAGUAAUGAAAAGGAAAAUAUUUAGUUAUUUGCAGAAGUUUAGAUGUACGCUGUCUGAAUAUGUACAAGCUAAACUGUUUAAUACCAUAAAAUAUUUAUUAACAAUAUAUUCUGAUAGCAAAAAUUCAAACCUUAUUGUAAACAAUGAGUAUACAAGCAAAAACAUAAUAAUACUCUGUCUGGCUAAAAGAGAAAAUGAUAAGUACAUUUAAGGGAAAGUAAAACAGUAAUCGGAGCAUAUCAGUCUUCGUAAUGAUGCUCUUUUUUCUGCUCAUUAAUUUAAUUUCAAAUUCUUUUACUUAUUGUAAAAUUAAUGUCAGUUUGGCAUUUGAUCCCGAAAGUUAGGGAUCCAAAUGAUUAAAUGUAUUUCUGAGCUUUAUUUCACCAUUUUCUAGGCAAGAGCUGCCCUGCAUUACCUCCAAUUCAAGAUGGAUUACUUAUCCCAGCUUUCUGUGCGGUGACUGGGAAUUUUUUUAACCAGUCCUGUCAGUACUCUUGCAAUCAAGGUUACCGUCUAAAUGGAAUCUCUUCUCGGACCUGCCAGGCUAACGCUGAAUGGGAUGUUAAGGCAAUUCCUAAGUGCGAUAAAGGUAAAAUAGACCUUGUCACAGUUUUCGACGCCAUCUGGACGAGUAGGCAAACGUGUCAGAAAUUACAGUGUUUGUAUGAGAAUCUGAUGUCGAACAAUUUCCGUAAAACGGCUGCUCUUAAUAAAAUAUGACUUGUAAACUAAAGCUUCAAAACAAAGAAUUGUAUUAAGAAAAUUUUGGGGCGUACCUGUGCUUAAACUUCUCCAGAGACUUGCUUUAGAUUUUCCGUAUAUUUGUCUGUAAUUUUUCCCGGGGCUUUCUUACAGACAAAUGUAUAGAAAACUUUAAAAAGUAGUUCUAGGUCUUCUAGCGCAUGUAACGCCCUUAAUUUUUUCAGUAGAAUUCUUAGGGGUGAAGCUUUGGUUUACAAUUCAUAUUUUUUCCAGAACAGCCGUACUACGGAGAUUAUUCGACAUUAGAUUCUCAUACAAACACUGUAAUUUCUCACGCGUUUGCCUACUCGUCAAGAUGGCGUCGAAAAGCGUGACAAGUUCUAUUAAACGGACCCGAUUGGACGCUAAAUGGGUUAUUUGUCCACCUUGAGAAAAUUCAACAUCAUUAAGAAUAAGUAGAAGGAGCAUGAUCGUCGGGGUGAGCGUAGUCCUGAAUAGGAAAGUUGUUGACAGUCACUGACAACAACAGUCCUGUUCUGGGCUACUAUGCUCACCCGGGUGAUCAUGUUCCAUAGGUGCAGGGGCCGUCCACCUUUAGAGUAUUUACACUGAUAAAUGGAUCAUUCAUGCACCACUGAUCUUUCGAUCGAUGCUGUACAUCCAGCCUCUUACGGUUACCAGAGCGUUGUGUAAUUCCAAAUAUUAGCAUACAUAUUCCUUUGUUUGCUACGACUUUUUCUCCUCAGCGUCGUUUAUUUCAAGCUUGUUAACGUACGGCACUCUCUUUGGCACGAAACCAUCGCGUAGAUGAAUCGUUUUUCCCUGACAGUCGCUGAAAACUUUUUUAUUGUAAGCUAAAAGUCCUGCAGUUGUGACUUAAAGAUGAUGACAAAUAGAGAGCAUGCGAUGAAUGGCCUGACUUCCGUCAUCCUGAGAGGGUACAAUAUGCAAUACAGCAUUUGGCGGAAAGUUGAGUUGACCUGCUGCUUGGUCUUUAGAAAGAAAUAAGCUAAAAUUACCUCAGGUUUCAAUAUUACGGUAGUUUAGCUGGAGGUCAAUAUUCAGAGACAAUGCUAUUAAGGUUCGUCUGAUUCAUUUUAUUUUACACAUUUAAAUCACAGUUUAACAAUUACAGAUUCUCUUGAAUACUUCAUUAUAGUUAUUGCUGUAUGGAAUGUGUGUGACGGCCAAAGUAUCAUCUGCUUUCGAGCUGGCCACCACCUACUUUUGAAUAUAUUAACAUAAACGAUGUUGAAGACAGAGUCAUUAACGGUAUGCUGAACGAAAUCUCCUAUGAUUUUUUUUUUCAGUGUACCCGAAGCCUUGGAUCUCAUGCCCUGACGAUGUCAUCGUCGAUCUCGCUCCAAAUAAGAAUACCUAUGACAUUACUGCACUGCUUGGGCAACCUCAGUCUAAUGUGCCGAAUAUUCAAUUGUUUCCAGAAGAGCACCGUAAUAGCCUGGUUUUUCCAUACGGUCUAACCAUACUCACAUACGUCGCCAGCAAUGAAGUUGGUACUACCGCAAAUUGCACGACAAAUAUUAUUGUUCAAGGUAAGCAUGGGCGCGAAAACUAUCAGAAAAGUUGAUAUAAAAUCGAUUUUAAAACCUUCAAAUGAUUUUGGAGAAUUACUGAAAACCAAUUCACAUCAUAAUUAAGUGUUUUCUGUCCUAGCCCGAGUACGGUUCGUUCACGUUCCAAAAUGGAUAAUGUGCGAGGUUUUCUAUUGGAGGGUUUAAACUGUAUUACCAUGUUACACAUGACGUUCUAUGCUCAAACUUCUAGGCCUUCUACUUUCACAUUUUCACUUUACAACACGUCCUUUCAAUGAUAUAUAGCCUGCGGGAAGGAAGACGGGGAAUUCGGGCGAGGGAAGGGUAGGGUUAUGCUUGCCUUGUCCCUGUACGACGUUUUCCCAGUCCCUCUCGGUCAAUUCACUUCCGAGACGAACGGUCCCGAAACACUUUAGUCGCGCGGAAUAAUGAGGCCCACCGACUAGGCAAUUAGAGCACGGUGGCCAGAUGAAGUAUUGCUUCUUCUCAGUACAUAAGAAACAUACUAGAAGAAAAGAAUACCAGACAAUAUGGACCGUUGUAUCCAUCUUAUAACCAAGAAUGUUCCAAAUAGCUGUUUAUUCAGGAACAUCGGAGAAGUCCACAUUCAGUGUAUGCGUACUUUUACCAGUCCGUUGUGACACAUACUGGUCCUCUUUUGUCCUUUUUUUUUUUCUUAAUUGCAGCUUAUCUUACUUGAUUUGCUUUACAUAGCAUUUUCUCCAUGCACACUAACAAUUUCAUCUCUUACAUAGAUAAGCAACCACCUAGCGUUGUCUAUUGUCCUGACAACAUUUAUCAGUUGAUAGUGGGUUCGACCGCAAGUGUAACAUGGAAACUGCCAGAAUUUUCGGACAAUGUUAAAGUGGUUAAAGUCACAUCAACAAAAAAUCCCGGAGACACCUUCCAACUGGGAUCCACAAACGUUAAAUAUGAUUCUUUUGAUGACAGUGGUAAUACCGUGAGCUGCACCUUUUCUGUGACGCUCAAAGGUGAAUGUGUUGAUAGUUUACAAUACCUACAUCGCUAUGUAAUGAAGCCAGUAGUUCCAUUUUAAACAAAAAUAAUAACAACAACAACACCUAGAAAAUGCGAUUAACUGAAGUUGGAUUUCUUGCAAGAAGUAAAUCUAAAGUGGUUGAGGUGGACAAAUUUUGCUCUAUAACAGGAAAACGGAUCCUUUACUAUAGAAACCCCUCAUAAGUAAAAAAUUUGAAACAUGACAGAAUGUAAUCUGUUCAAUAUCAUUAAUCCAAGUCUACCAUGGAAAGUUCUUUAAACGAAAUAGAAUGAACUUGGGUCAUGGAAAAUGCCUCCUUACCUUAGCAUGGUAUGUCCCGUACGAUACUUUAGUCAGCAGGAAUCUAGUCCAAACUGCACUAAGUGCCCGCCACAAACCAGCACCAAAACAAAUGGCUCAAAAGCGUGCACCGGUGAGCAAAUACAUGUACAGAUGUUCUUAAAAAAUCUAAUGAAGAUGCACGAAGGUUUCAGUAAAAAGGAGAAUAUAUCAAAAUAACACAAUCGUAAGAAAUGCACUACCAGCGAAGGUCUUUGAGCUCUGGUAUCAUGAAGCUACAUGCAAUUAUAAGAUGCUGCAGCCGUUAUGAUCAUCUCGUGAUUAUUGUCGCCUGCCUAGAUUUUGUCCCAAAUUCAGGAGCGAAAAGCAAUUUUUCAAAGUAAUUUUUCCUUUUUGAAUACUCACUAAUUGGACUGAACGACGCCUUACUAUUUUGUCACCAUAAAAUCAUUGUUCUCCAUUAAGAAAGCCUUAGCAUAGCGAAAUGAACCGGUUUGAAUUUAAAGCCUAAGCGGUAUGACCAUCCCAAACUUUCCACCACGAACGUUUAACAAGAACUUUCUAACUAUUUUACAUUAGUAAAAUCCAACUAGUGGUCUAUUAUCAAUGCUACGUUCUGAUUGGUUGAGCUACUGCUACGCUAUAUGUUACAGCCAACUAGUAGCGAAAAGCGCCGGAUUUUUGGAGGCAAAAAAGGAUUUAAGUCCAGCUUUAAGUUGUUUUGUCUCCAUAUUUUUGACCAACUAGUUGGAUUUUACUAAAACAAUAAUUGUUAAUUAGCCAUUCGCUGUACUGUUUCAUUUGUUCUAUAACUAUUUAUUUUUUGCUUUUUUUUGUUGACCUUUUGGUUUGUUAUUUAAACAGCUAAAAAGUGCGAGAAACCUGCAAAUCCAGAUAACGGAGUACUCAAGUGCGAAAAUUAUGGGCAAAUGAUGUUCUGUACAACUACCUGCAAUCCUGGUAAACAGCCAUUCCAAUACACAUUUGGCUCAAUCUGCAGUCAAUCAACUUUAAAAUGGCAGCCGAUACCGGAUUGUGUGGGUGAGUAUAGUUAAGUGGGUAACCAGUAACUUGCCACGUAAUUUGCUUUUGCCAAUUGCCCGAUUAUACACAAAAUGAAACCCAGACUAGAUGAGUCACUCUAAAUAACCAAUUAAGACUAAAAACUAUGUCGUGAAAAUUUUACUUUCGCUUACUGGUUUAUUUGUUUCUUUGAUAAAAAUAUCUUUAAAAGAAAUAAACAAUAGAAAACCAUAUAUUCAGGAAAGUUUAUUUCUACCUUCUUCAUGCCUUCGUCUUCGAGAAGGUCCUAGACGUAUUUCAGAAAGAUAGGAAAACCUGUCCGGCUGCGGGAUAAGCUUUAUAUUUUAUAAUUUACCUUAAAGAAAAAAUUACUGCCAAUGCAAAUUGAAUGGCUGACAUUGAACGAUGAAUCUACUAUUGUACUAUUUUAUAGACGCUGUUCUUCUGCCUGACAGCGGAGUUUGUCCUGAUGGAAAAAUAAAGCAAGGCACCUUAGCGUCAAUGGAAAACUAUAUCAAAUAUUGUGGUGGGUAACAAAUCAUCUGGGCCCUCGUGGAAAAGUCUUUUGCUACCCGAAAUGGUGUGGUUUUGGUCACUUUAAUACCGUCAUAUUGCAUUUUUCUUUUUUUACAGUGAGUUGUCCUCAUGGAAUGAAAUAUGAUAAUGCACUGAAAGAUUGCGUGGUAUGUCCCGUAGGCUACUUUAGUCAGCAGGAAUCUAGUCCAAACUGCACUAAGUGCCCGCCACAAACCAGCACCAAAACAAAUGGCUCAAAAGCGUGCACCGGUGAGCAAAUACAUGUACAGAUGUUCUUAAAAAAUCUAAUGAAGAUGCACGAAGGUUUCAGUAAAAAGGAGAAUAUAUCAAAAUAACACAAUCGUAAGAAAUGCACUACUAGCAAAGGUCUUUGAGCUCUUAUAUGAUGAAGCUACAUGCAAUUAUAAGAUGCUGCAGCCGUUAUAAUUACCUCAUGAUUAUUGUCGCCUGCCUAGAUUUUGUCCCAAAUUCAGGAGCGAAAAGCAAUUUUUCAAAGCAAUUUUUCCUUUUUGAAUACUCACUAGUUGGACUGACUAUAAAACGACGCCUUACUAUUUUGACACCAUAAAUUCAUUGCUCUCUAUUAAGAAAGCCACUCAAUUUAAAGGAACUCAAAUUAACUCAGCUUUAUUUAGAUUUCUAGUAAAGAAUCAUUCAACGAAUUUUUGACUGAGUUUCCGCUUCAUCAUUGAAUAUGCGUUUGUCAGAUUUGUGCGAUAAAGGAGAGUCGUCUGCCGAUGGAUUUGACAAUCCUAAUCAUGACGCCUGCCAUCUGUGCUCCAUGGGUUUCUAUCAGGAUCAGUAUGGUGCUACGAGCUGCAUGCAAUGCCCCAGUGGAUUAACAACUAAAGCAAAGGGUUCCAUCACUCGGGACGAUUGUGGAAGUAUGUGUCGAUAUGUUAUUCUUGAGCUUUUUGUACUUUAAGCAUAUUUGUAACCGGCUUUUUUUGGUUUUCUGAGAAUACGGGGAAGGGGAGCAAAUCCUCUGCCCACCUUUACCACCACCUAGCUACAUUCCGUAAUUCUAAUAAGCUUUAUUAUUCAUUCAAAAUAUUUCCCCAAUUAUGAUUGGCUUAAAGCACACGCAAAAUUCACCAUAACCAGUUACUGAUGACCAAAUUUGGAAGAAUUGUGUGUUUAACGAGGAAAUGACGUCAAAAAUGCAGCCCGCUACAGGUUAGGGCACCGUUACCGAGAAGACAUGGGGACGAGGUUGAGUUGUUAGGGUUGUGAAAAAAAAAAUGGGGAACAUUUCACUCGUUUUUGUUACCCUUAUCGAUCUGCUUAAUUCUUCAUAUACUACAAAAGCCGAAUUCAUUAAUUGCUUUAUUAUUCAUUCAAAAUAUUUCCCUGAUUAUGAUUGGCUAAAAGCACACGCAUAACUCACCAUAACCAGUUUCUGAUGACCAAAUUUGGAAGAAUUGUGUGUUUAACGGGGAAAUGACGUCAAAAAUGCAGCGUUCGUGCUGGUUAAGGCACCGUUAACCGUGAAGACCUGGGAACGAGGUUGAGUUGUUUUGAUUGUAAAAACGAAAAAUGGCGGACAUUUCACUCGUUUCAAGAGUAAGAACUAGGCCAAAAAAUAGCUAAAAACAUGGCCAGAACAGCAAGAAGACAACUUGAAGGACGACAUCUGCUAUUUGGAGAAUAUUUGCGGAGCUGGACAAACCUAAACGUGCACUAUCGAAGAUGAACUUAACAUCGAUGGAUCGAUGGAGGUAAGCAUGUUUUAGCCAUGUUUUUAAACUAGGAAUUAUCUUGAAUGAAUAAUAAAACAAUUAUUGAAUUCGGCUUUCUUAUAAUAUGAAGAAUAACACCCUCCUCGAUCUCCAUAAUUCCUCAUAAGAUAAUUAAUUGUUAAGUUAUUAUUCAAGUUGGAGCCGGGUUCGUCUCGGUCCAUAAAAGAAUAUAAAGAACUUCGCCUAUAGCCAGCCGUCUUGGCGCACCAAGCUUGGUCGAUAACAGAUUUAAUCUAGUUUUUCUCGCACAAACAAAGCUGGCAAGAUAGGCCCAUCUUGCGUGCUCCAAUAGCCAAUCAGAAUAAAGGAUUCUCUCUAUCUUGCUCGCUUGCGGAGACAGCUGUCAAGCAAUAAAACUUCUGCAUUUAACAAACCUUUAACCACCAGGAUUUAGAUUUAGAUUUUAACUCUCUUUGACUAAAAAAGACAGCUCCGAAAACGAACAUUGACUGCCAGGCCAACAGGUGCCUGGCAGGAUUAAACUCACUUCUGUUUAGCGAACUCAGGCAGAUGAGUUACUGGCUGCCAAAUUUCUAUAUGUACCGACCGGCUCCCUGUUUGCCUUUGUAACUGCCUUACUGUGGAUUCCUUAUGCCCACAGCCAUUCCCUCAGUUUCUUCUUUUGGACCACCUUCCAUGGCAAUCAGCGUGAGUGAGAACGGCAGAGCGGAGUUUGUGUGCAUGGGAUCUGGACCCCCGGCACCCACCUUCCUGGUUAAAAAAGUAAAACCAGUACCAGGUAAGUUUAUUUAUUUAUUUAUUUUUAUUUUUUCGCUUAUAGUUUAGCAUCUUUUAUUAAUAUAACCAAGAAACCUGUAGGCAAGGUACGAUGGGGACAAGGCCGCCAGAUGAGUAAAGCAUAACCACACAGCCACUAGGUUGUCCUUCGCAAGGACUACGCCUAAUGUCAGUCUCUAUAAGUUGCAUCAGGAGCUGCAUAUAACUAGAAGGAGAUCGUAUUAAUCAACUUCUCUAUGUUAAACCAUAAACCUAGGAGUUUGAAUUCUGUGAUCUUGUCCAAGAGAGGUACUUUCCGAGACACACGAAGUGACGUUUAAUCACCACGUUAAUUAACCAGAAAACUUUUUUUUCUUAAUUUUUCUUUUUAGAUGGAUUCGGUGGACCUCUGAAAGUAGACGAAAUAAAGUCGGGUAAUGUUGUGACAGGAAUACGCUACGUCAUACUCAGCACAACAGAACACGAUAAAGGACUGUACUCCUGCACGGUUACUAACAAGUUUGGCUCUGAUACCAAGUAUCUUAACUUGUAUGUACAUGUGCAUGUGGAUUCCGGUGGGAAUGGUUCUGGUUCAGGUAAGGGUGGGAUAAAUAUA